GUCAAACUAGUCAAAAUUUGUAAGUAUGGAAGCGAUACGCUUUUCGAAAUACGACGAGUACCUGGAGCUCUUCGAGUGUCCAAUUCCGCAAGUGACCAAUGCGGAUCACGUGCUCGUAAAAGUACUGUUUGCGGGCAUAACUCAGAGGGACGUGCACGUUAUCGAUGGUAACGUACCCUGCCGAAGGGACAAGGCCUUCAUUAUGGGCCAGGAGAUCAGCGGCGCGGUCGUCGGUAUUGGGACCCAAGUCUUGGUGGUAACUCCCGGCGAUUACGUCAUCGUGAACCCGUUCAGCUCGUGUCAGAUUUGUAACCACUGCCGUUCGGGGCACCCCCACCUGUGCCAGCAGUGCAAGGUGGAAAGGAUGAUGGGAUUGCACGAAAACGGCGGUUGGGCAGAGUACAUCAUCGUUCCGGAAAUACAAAUCUACAAGCUGUGCGACAACAUUCCGGUGGAAUUAGGAAUCCUAGCGCCGCUACUGUCAGUUGUGGCACACGCGCUUCAAUUCAUAGAGCCCCUAGGCCUCGACAAGCGGAUUUUGGUAUUGGGAGCCGGAGUCUCUGGAGUGUUAUGGAUCGCCCUCUUCCACUAUAAGGGUUUCAGGAAUGUACUGGUCUCGGAACCCAAUCUGGCACGGCACGAAAUUAUACAACAGAUGGACGUCAACUACGAAAUAAUCACGCCCGCUGUUGUCGGACAGAGAAUAUCAACCGACUCGAGUUUUUACUUCGACCUUGUAGUCGACUGCUCCAGUAACGCCAAGGCCCUACAACGGGCGGUGGAUUUAUUAGACUCCGGUGGUAAAUUGUUAGUCUUCGGUUCGAAACCGAUGAACGCGAGGAUUUGCAUUAGCCCGUUUGAGUUGCAAAGGCGGGAAUCGAAGAUCAUUGGCGUCGAUGUUGGUUCCUACACGUAUCCCAGCGCUUUGGCGCUGCUGCAGUGUUUAAGUAACAGAUAUCUGACCUACGAGCGAUUAGGCAUAAAAGUGUACCCGUUAAGACAGUACAAGGAGGCCAUCGACCAUGUUCGAAAACGAAGCGUCCUUAAAGCCGUAUUUCGUAUGCCCGAUGAUUGCAAAUGUUUGUAGCAGAUCAAAUAAAUCACUUGCAAAUUUUGAUCGUUGGAUUCAGCAGGCUAAG